ACUAAACCAGUCCGAUCCAGUGCCACCACCGCCCAUGUCCAAGCGUAAAGCAUCCCACGUGGAAGCCGAGUCCGACGAGGCGUUCCAGGAGCUUCUCCAGCCAACUUAUAAGGGCAAAAAGUUACUUGACGAGAUCAAUACUGCGGAAGACAAGUGGAACCUUCUCCCAGCAUUUCUCAAGGUCAAAGGGUUGGUCAAGCAACAUUUGGACUCGUUCAACUACUUCGUCGAUGUGGACUUGAAGAAAAUCAUACGAGCCAACGAGUUGGUUCUUUCUGACGUGGAUCCCGAGUUCUAUCUCAAGUACUUGGACAUCAGAGUCGGCCACAAGUCUUCGUCUGCUCCAGGAACCAAGGAGGUGAUCUUGCCGCCUCAUGAGUGCAGACUCCGUGACUUGACCUAUUCUGCACCCAUCUACGUGGAUGUCGAGUACACCAGAGGUAGAAAGAUCAUCAUGCACAAGGAUCUUGAAAUCGGAAGAAUGCCUGUGAUGUUGAGAUCGAACAAGUGUAUUCUCGAUGGCAUCGACGAAAAGCAAAUGGCGAGAUUCGACGAGUGUCCCAUCGAUCCAGGUGGGUAUUUCGUGGUCAACGGGACUGAAAAGGUCAUUUUGGUGCAAGAACAAUUGUCCAAGAACAGAAUCAUUGUGGAAUCAGAUGAUAAAAAGGGCAUUGUCCAAGCCUCGGUUACUUCCUCCACGCACGAGCGUAAGUCCAAGACUUAUGUCAUUACCAAGAACGAUAAGAUCUACUUGAAGCACAACUCCAUUGGUGAAGACAUUCCUAUUGUGAUCGUAUUGAAGGCCGCGGGUAUCACUUCGGAUUUGGAAAUUUUGCAAUUGGUUUGUGGUGCUGAUUCCAACUACCAAGACUUGUUCGUCGUCAACUUCGAGGAAGCUGCCAAAUUACAAGUUUUCACUCAGCAACAAGCAUUGAACUACGUGGGUAAGAGAGUUAAGACUAUUAGAAGAGCAGGUGCACCAAAGUUGAGUCAAUUGCAAGAAGGUAUCGAGGCCAUUGCUACUACUAUCAUAGCUCAUAUCACCGUUUCCGACUUGCAAUUCCGUGAAAAGGCACUCUACAUCGCCACUAUGGCCAGAAGGGUUAUCAUGACCAUGCACAACCCCAAGAUGGUUGAUGACAGAGAUUACGUUGGUAACAAGAGAUUAGAAUUGGCGGGUCAAUUAAUGUCAUUAUUGUUCGAAGAUUUGUUCAAGAAAUUCAACUCUGACUUCAAAGCUAAUAUCGAUAAAAUAUUGAAGAAGCCCAGCAGAACCUCAGAAUUUGAUGCAUUAUUGUCAAUCAAUAUUCACUCCAAUAACAUCACGAUGGGUUUAAAUAGGGCCAUUUCUACUGGUAACUGGUCGUUGAAACGUUUCAAGAUGGAAAGAGCUGGUGUUACUCAUGUUUUAUCAAGAUUAUCAUAUAUAUCAGCUUUAGGUAUGAUGACUCGUAUCUCAUCUCAAUUCGAAAAAUCUAGAAAAGUCUCGGGUCCAAGAGCCUUGCAACCAUCUCAAUUUGGUAUGUUGUGUACAUCUGAUACACCUGAAGGUGAGGCCUGUGGUUUGGUUAAAAACUUGGCAUUAAUGACACACAUCACUACUGAUGAUGAAGAACUUCCCAUCAGAAAGUUGUGUUACGUAUUAGGGUGUGAAGACAUCCUUGGAAUUGAUUCAGCCACUUUGCAUGCACCAGGAAAUUUCGGAAUCUUCUUAAACGGUACCUUAGUUGGGUCUUCCAGAUUUCCUGCCAAAUUCGUUAAUGAUUUCCGUCAAUUAAGAAGAACUGGUAAGGUUUCGGAAUUCGUUUCCAUCUACACCAAUACUCAUCAAAGAGCUGUGCAUAUUGCCACUGACGGUGGUAGAAUUUGUCGUCCAUUAAUUAUUGUCGAAAACAACAUCCCCAGAGUCAAGGCUCAUCAUUUGUUCAAGCUUCAAAAUGGCGAUUGGGACUUCGAUGAUUUCUUGUCCCAUGGUUUGGUUGAAUACUUGGACGUCAACGAAGAGAACGAUUCGUUAAUAGCAUUGUAUGAAAAGGAUCUUGAAGAGAAUGCUGCUAAUCAAGUGACCCAUUUGGAAAUUGAACCUUUUACCGUGUUGGGAGCCGUUGCGGGAUUGAUUCCAUACCCUCAUCAUAACCAGUCCCCAAGAAACACCUAUCAAUGUGCUAUGGGUAAGCAAGCUAUUGGUGCUAUAGCAUAUAAUCAAUUCAGAAGAAUUGACACCUUGUUGUAUUUCAUGGUUUAUCCACAACAACCUAUGGUUAAAACCAAGACUAUCGAGUUAAUUGAGUACGAUAAGUUACCAGCCGGUCAGAAUGCCACUGUGGCUGUUAUGUCGUAUUCAGGGUACGAUAUUGAAGAUGCGUUGGUCCUCAACAAGUCGUCCAUUGAUCGUGGUUUCGGUCGUUGUCAAGUUGUUCGUAAGAACACAAUCCAACUUAAGAGAUAUCCAAACCAUACCAAGGAUAUAGUGUCUGGUAUGAGAGUGGACGAGGAAGGAAACGCCAUUUUCCCCCAUAAAGCCUUGGGACCAGACGGAUUGGGUGAAAUUGGUGCCAGAGUUGAAAAUGGACAAGUUUAUGUCAACAAGUGUGUUCCAACUAAUGCUGGAGAGUCGGUAUUGGGCCAUAAUGAACAAGCACAGCAAGCAGAGAGUCACAGAGAGACUCCUGCUUACUACAAGGGUCCAGAGCCUUCCUAUGUGGAUCAAGUCAUGAUGUCUGUUAGUGACAAUGACCAGGCCUUAAUCAAGGUAUUGUUGAGACAGACCAGAAGACCAGAAUUGGGUGACAAGUUUUCUUCUAGACACGGUCAAAAGGGUGUUUGUGGUAUUAUUGUCCAACAAGAAGACUUACCAUUCAACGAUCAAGGUAUUUCUCCUGAUAUUAUUAUGAACCCACACGGUUUCCCAUCUCGUAUGACGGUUGGAAAGAUGAUUGAGUUGAUUUCUGGUAAGGCCGGUGUGCUCAACGGCUCCUUGGAAUACGGAACCUGCUUUGGAGGAAGCAAGUUGGAAGACAUGUCUAAGAUCUUGGUCGAAAAGGGUUUCAGUUACUCUGGUAAGGAUAUGUUGUACUCGGGUAUCACUGGUGAAUGUUUGCAAGCAUACAUCUUCUUUGGUCCAAUCUACUAUCAAAAGUUGAAGCAUAUGGUUUUGGAUAAGAUGCAUGCCAGAGCCAGAGGUCCUAGAGCUGUGCUUACCAGACAGCCGACCGAAGGUAGAUCCAGAGACGGUGGUUUGAGAUUGGGAGAAAUGGAGAGAGACUGUGUUAUUGCCUACGGUGCCUCGCAAUUGUUGUUGGAGCGUUUGAUGAUUUCGUCCGAUGCAUUUGAGGUGGACAUUUGUAACAACUGUGGUUUGAUGGGCUAUAACUCGUGGUGUACUACCUGUAAGAGUUCCGAGCACAUCAUCAAGAUGACCAUCCCCUAUGCUGCCAAGUUGUUGUUCCAGGAACUUAUUUCCAUGAACAUUGCUCCUAGAUUGAAGUUGGGAGACGUUUUUUAAUGUAUAUAGACCUGAAUGCAAAGGUAGGAUCAGGAGAAGUGUAGAAACGUCUACAGGAGUUGGGGCAAGAGAUAGUUGAGGUGGAAGU